AUGAUUAACGAAGAAAAUACUCAAAACUGUAUUUCUGUUAUAAUACAAGAUGAAAGUUUAAAAAAUAUUAAAAAAGAAAUUUAUUGUCCACCGAUGAUUAAUGAACAAAAUGAAGAAGUAAGGGUAGGAAAUGGAUGUUUGGAAGGGAUGGAUCCUGUUACUGGUAAUUGUAUUCGAAUUCCAAAAGAUCUAAAAGAAAAGAAAAUUGAAUCAAAACAACAACAAAAUAAUCAAAAACAAUUUUUAGAUGUAAAUUUAUUAGAAAAAGGAGAAAGUAUUAGAAGUAAUAAAAGUAGUGGAAGUAGUCAAUCAAGUAGUAGAGAAGGAGGGAAUAAACAACAAAAUACUUGGUCUAAUCGUUUAGUACAUACUUUGAGUAAUAGAAAUAGAUCUGAAACUAAUGGAGGAGGUGGAGGAGGUGGUGGAGGAGGAGAUACUUCUUAUGGUGGUUCUAUAAUUGGUGAUGAUGAUGAAUGGGAGGAUGAAGGGGCUGAUAAUUGUAUUUUUGGACAUCAGAUUCGUUUUACAAUAAUGGUUAUAUCAACACUUUGUUUGUCUUCAAUUUUAUCAAAUAUUUUAACAUUUAAUUUCACUUAUAUUUGUAUGGCUGGUGUUCGUCCAGAUAAUUUUAGUCAAAUAAAUAUUUCUUCCACAAAUUAUGACGAAGAUUUGGAUUAUUCUAGUGCAGAAAGAACAGCUUUAUUUAUGGCUGUAGCUGUGGGGGCUUUACUUGCUGUAUUUCCUUUAACUAUUUUACUUGGAAAAUUUGGGUCUAGAAUUGUUUUUGGAUGUCUUGGGUAUAUGAGUGCUUUAUCUACUCUUUUGAUACCUAUAGCGGCAGUUAACGGCUUUCCUUAUAUUCUUGCUAUGAGAAUAGUUCAGGGCGCUGCAUUUUCCGCCUGUCUCCCGGUGAUGGGUUCAAUCACCUCACAUUGGUCUACUUUAAAACAGAAUGGAAUAUUUAUUGCUAUAUUAUCUAGUUUUUUACAGAUAGCUCCAUUAUUUACCAUGCCUUUAGCUGGUGAAUUAUGUACAUCUUCUGUUGGGUGGCCAGCUGUAUAUUAUUUACAUGGACUUGUUUCUAUAAUACUUUUUACUUUAUUUAUGCUGUAUCACAGAAAUUACCCACAUGACCAUCCAAUGGUUAGCAGAACAGAAUUAGUUAAAGUUAUGUUUAAUAAAGGAGGCUCUAUUUACUCUGGACCUGGAAAACAACACAAAAAAUCUCCAAAAGUUCCUUAUAAAGCAAUGUAUAGCGAUAUGGCUAUUUGGGCUAUUUUAGUUUUGGAAUUACCAAUAAGCCAAACAGGGAUGGCUUCAGCUGUUUCUCCAGCAAUUAUGUUUUUUAUUAAACUUGUUGCUGGUCAAAGUUCUGACAAAAUAAAAUUUAUAAGUGAUGCAGCUAAAUUAAGACUUUAUAAUACAUUAUCUUUGUCUGCAAUGGGGGUUCUUUUUUGUAUUUUGGCUGUUUUGGAUCCAAGAGAAAAUCCUUCUAUUUGUUUGAUUGUUUUAAUUGCCUCUACUUGUAUUCUUGGUUUUAAUUCUGGUGGUUUCUUUAAAUCUUCACAAAUUGCAAAUAUUUCAUUUUUAAAUUGUGUUUGUAUGUUAAUUGUUCCUUUACUUAAUGAAGUUAUUGCACCCGAAAAUGAACCUCAUGAUUGGGCAAAAGUUUUAUUUAUUCACGGAAUUAUUUUAAAUUUAUCAAAUGCUUUCUUUUGUAUUUUUGCCUCAGCAAAGCCAGCCUCGUGGACAUUAGACACCUUUAAUGGUAAAAAUAAAAGAAUUGCCGCAGCUAUUGAACAACGAAGAAAACGAAAAGAAAAUGAAUCUGGGGGAGAAAAACGUGGACGUUGGAAUAAUAAAAGGGGUGGGUAUUUUUCUGAUCAAUUAAUAAUUUUAAAAAAAAUAAUUUUUUUUAGGUAUAAUUUCACCAAUUGA